GGGAGAAAGUCAAGAAAGAAACAAGAACAAAGUUGUGGGACCUGCGUGAGCAGCGCCGCGGUGUUCACCCACGAAAUGCUGUAACAAUCUCUCCGUUUUUGAGAGACAAAUACCUGCUAAUUUCCCAAGACAACAGUGUCUCUUGAAAGCGUUUUUUUUUUCUUUUUUUUUGGAGCACAUCGUGGAGACUGGAUGACUUAAGGACCGUCCACUUUAGCCCAGCCAAGUUUUAACACUAGUUUAAUAAUGUGUCACGUUACGCGUUGAAAAUGCCUUAGUUUAAAACGUUUAAUUCAAUUCAACCCAGUCGUGUCUACACUACACGUUUUGGAGCUGUUUUCAAAGAAGUGACCCCUCGGUGACAGCAGAGGUACAGAAAGAGGACUUUUGUUCAGCGUGCCAAGAGGCCUGGAAGUACAUUGCACAAUUUCUGCUGUUCUAGCACUGGAAUAAGUAACCACAAUGGCAUUUCAUGGUGACAUCGCGGAAGGAGGAGCCAAUGAAGAGUUCAAUGAAAUCAUCAAGUGGAGAUCUGAUGAGCAUGAUGCAGUCCAGCAGAAAACCUUCACCAAAUGGUUAAAUGCACAGUUCUCCAAGACGGGAAAGACGCCCAUUAAAGAUAUGUUCUCCGAGCUGAGAGACGGCAGAAAACUGCUGGACCUACUGGAGGGUCUCACUGGCACUGUCCUGACCAAAGAGCGAGGUUCCACCAGAGUUCACUCCCUCAAUAACGUUAACAGAGUGCUUCAAGUCCUGCAUCAGAACAAUGUGGAUCUGGUAAACAUAGGAGGAACAGAUAUUGUUGAUGGGAACCGCAAGCUGACAUUAGGCCUCAUCUGGAGUAUCAUCCUUCACUGGCAGGUGAAAGACAUUAUGAAGGAUAUCAUGUCCAAUCUGCAGCAGACCAACAGUGAAAAGAUCUUGCUGAGUUGGGUACGACAGUGCACCCGCUCAUACCCAGAGGUGAAUGUGCUGAAUUUCACAACAAGCUGGGCCGAUGGCCUGGCGCUUAACGGCAUCCUCCACCACUUCAGGCCAGAUACAUUCAGCUGGGAUCAGGUGGUGAGAAUGAGCCCUGUGGAGAGACUCAGCCAUGCAUUCACUGUGGCCAAAGACCAGCUAGCUAUUGAGAGGCUUCUGGACCCUGAAGAUGUGGCGGUCCAGUUGCCAGAUAAGAAGUCCAUCAUCAUGUACGUAACUUCGCUUUUCGCCGUCUUGCCCAAAGACGUGAGCAUGGAGGCUAUUAGAGAAGUGGAAACCCUGCCACGGAAAUACAAAGUGGAGGCUGAAGACUCUGGUCCAGGGCUCAGUGCACAGGUGGGGGAGGCGAGUAGCAGUCCCCCGCCCGAGACCCCCAGCACUCUAACUGAGACAGAGGGGGAGAUGGAGGUGAGUCUGCUGGACGUUGACCUCGACAGCUACCAGACCACACUGGAGGAGGUUCUGACUUGGCUGCUAUCAGCUGAGGAUACACUUCAGAUGCAGGAUGAAGUGUCCAACGAUGUGGAAGACGUCAAAGAGCAGUUCCACACACAUGAGGCCUUCAUGAUGGAGCUGACUGCUCAUCAGAGCAGUGUGGGUAACGUGCUGCAAGCAGGUAACCAGCUGAUUGCUCAGGGCAACCUCACAGAAGAGGAGGAAGAUGAAAUCCGGGAGCAGAUGACCCUCCUCAACUCCCGCUGGGAAAGCCUGCGAGUGGCCAGCAUGGACCGCCAGGCCCGGCUCCAUGAAGUUCUUAUGGACCUUCAGCAGCAGCAGUUGCAACAGCUUUCCGACUGGCUGACGCUGACAGAGGACCGAAUCAAAAGGAUAGAAACAGAACCAGCGCCUCAAGACCUGGACGCCUACAAAGAACAGAUAGAUCAGCACAAAGAACUUCAGAAUGAUUUGGAGGCGGAGCAAGUAAAGGUCAACUCUCUAACACACAUGGUGGUCGUGGUGGAUGAGAACAGCAGUGAGACUGCCACAGCUGCUCUGGAGGAGCAGUUGCAGUCUUUGGGUGAACGUUGGGCGGCCGUGUGCCGCUGGACAGAGGAACGGUGGCAUAAGCUGCAGGAAGUUUUUCUGGUCUGGGAGCAGCUCCUGUCAGAUCAGAGUUUGUUUAGAGCGUGGUUGUCUGAAAAAGAGGAGGCCUUAAAUGAAGUACAGACCGGCGACUUUAAAGACUCGAGUGAAAUGAAUAUGAAUGUCCGCCAACUAGCGAUAUUAAAAGAGGACAUGGAGAAGAAGAAGAGGGCUCUGGACAAGCUGUCUGACGCAGGACAGGAUGUGAUGCUGCUGCUGCGAAGUCCCGAGGCAGGGGCCAAGAUCGAGGAAGACACAGAGGAGCUGGCACAUCGGUGGGACAACCUGGUGCAGAAGCUGGAGGAUUGCUCAUUCCAGGUAAUGGAGGCUGUGACUGACGCUGGGAUGAAUCAGGUGGAAGAGCAGGUCGUCGUGGAUACAAUUGCUGUGGUUUCUUCGACUGUUGACCAGGAGUUGGCCCCACCUACUCCCCCCAAGAGACAAAUGUUGGAGUUGGAUGCAGAAGGCAGAAGGAGGUUUGAGAAUAAGAUUUCUGACUUAUCGAACUGGAUAAAAACAUGGAAGAUGUCCACUCAGGCACUGGCCUCCACACAUCCUGAAAAUACACCUGAUAUCCCAGAUCUUCAAGAGAAAUUAAAGGCCUUGGAGCUGGAACUACUGGCAAAGGAAGCAGCAGUUACUGAUCUGAUUCAGGAUGGACGUGGCCUGAUGGACCAGCUAGAAAGAGAAGCUGUCAGUGCGGAUGUGGUGAGGGCAGACAUAGACCUGAUCCAGACUGAGUGGGAUGUGUGUACAAGAGAGCUCCAGGCUGCCCGUGACAGGGUUCACACGCAGACACGGGUCAAAGCAAUUUCUGUGGAACUUGCAGACUUAGACCGGGUCUUGGAGGAACAGGACCAGUGGCUGGACGCAACCUCAGCAGUGGAAAAGUGCAACGAGGUCGAGCUCAGAAACCUGAAUGGAGAAUGUCGGACCCGCCUUGUUCAGGUUACUGCUUUCAGUCCUCAACUGGAGCGCUUGUUUGUGGAAGCAGGAUCGUUGGGAGCUGUGCCCUCUCUAAAAGACAACAUGGUGGUGGUUUCGGCACAUCACGCAUCCACACUGCAGCGGUUGCAGAGCAAAGAACAGCAAGUCAGAGAAGCAUUGGGAGGCCUUGAAGCCGCCCAGGUGGUUGAGAGCGUGGUGGAGGAUCUUGAGGCGAGGUUGGCCACUUCGAGAGAAGGCAUAGUAGAUUUACCAACAACAGAGAGGGCGGUGGAGCAGGCACAGGGCCUGUGUGUACAAAUUGAGCAAACGCAGCAAGCCUCGGAUCCUGCAGAACUGCAAAGGUGGACUCAGCUUUCCUCCAGGGCUCGUGAGGAGCAUGGCACACUGCAGUGCAUUCUGGGCAGCAUGAAGGAUAAUCAGGUACGUUUGGAACAAGUGGAGAGUUGGUUGGAUGCCGUUCAGGAGCUGUUGUCGCGGGACGCCACAGGGUUGGGUGACGGAGAGAGUCUACACGAAGAGCUUAAUCAGUGCAAGGAGUAUGUGAAUGAGAUGGAGUUAGUGGAACGUUCGUUGAUGCAGAUGGAAGAGAAUGUGAGUGCUGUGCAGACGGCUGCAGUCCCGGGACUCGUGAAGUGGGGCCAGGAGAAGCUGGAGGAGUGCCAGGGAAGGUGGAGCAAACUCAGCAAACAGCUGCUGGGCCAUCAGGACUACGUGGCAGACAGUCAAGAGAAGCAGGUGAACUUGAAGAAAGACCUGGCAGAGAUGCAGGAGUGGAUGGCUCAAGUUGAUGAAGAGUUUCUCAUGAGAGACUUUGAGUACAAGAGUCCUGAGGAGUUGGAGGCAUCGCUGGAAGAGAUGAAGAGAGCCAAAGAGGAUGUGCUACAGAAAGAAGUGAAGGUGAAGAUCCUGAAAGACAGCAUCAACACGCUUGUGUCCCGAGCAUCGCACCCCGGCGGAGGGUUUGGACAAGAGUUGACCUCUGAGCUAGACGGGGUCCUAGCAAACUACCACAAGCUCUGUGAUCGGCUUAAGAGCAAGUGUCACACCCUGGAGGAGGUUUGGUCCUGCUGGAUGGAGCUGCUUCAGUAUCUGGAUACAGAGCAGAGCUGGCUCAACUCACUGGAGGAGAAAGUGCAAGCUACUGACAACCUGCCAGAGAGCACUGAGGCCGUUAAUGAAGCUCUGGAGUCUUUGGAGAAUGUGCUCCGCCAUCCCGGGGACAACCGGACUCAAAUCAGAGAGCUGGGCCAGACGUUGAUAGACGGGGGCAUACUUGAUGAACUUAUUAGUGAAAAACUUGAGGCCUUCAACUCUCGUUACGAGCAACUCAGCCAUCAGGCACUGAACCGACAGAUCAGCCUCGAGCAGCAGCUCCAGAAACUGAAGGAGAACGAGCAAACCCUCCAAACCCUGCAGGAGUCCCUGAGCCAGCUGGACCACACGCUCACUUCCUACCUCACCGAUCGCAUCGACGCAUUCCAGCUCCCCCUGGAGGCACAGACCAUUGGUGCAGAGAUCGCAGCCCACGAGGUAACUGUAGAAGAGAUGAGGAGAAGGAACGUGGUCAACUUGCCUCCUCCCACUGCUGAUGGCAAAGCAGCCCGUGGUGGGACGAUGCUGGACCAACUACAGAGGAAACUGAGGGAAAUCUCCACAAAGUACCAACUAUUUCAGAAACCUGCUAACUUUGAGCAGCGCAUGCUAGACUGUAAGAGGGUCUUGGAGGGCGCCAAGGCUGAGCUGCACAUCCUGGAUGUUAAGCACGUGGAACCAGAAAAAAUCCAGCCCCACCUCAGCGGUUGUAUGAAAUUGUACAAGUUGCUGAGUGAAGUAAAGCUUGAGGUAGAGACGGUGAUUAAAACAGGCCGUCAGAUUGUGCAGAAACAGCAGACGGAGAAUCCCAAGGCCAUGGAUGAGCAGCUAACAGCUCUCAAACUGCUCUACAAUGACCUGGGGGCUCAGGUAACUGAGGGAAAACAGGACCUGGAAAAAGCCCUGUCUCUGUCUCAAAAGUUUCUUAAGGACAGUGCUGCCCUGCAGGACUGGUUAACAACAAACGAAGUCCAGCUUCAGCAGAAAAACAACUGCGGAGACAUGCCAGCUGACAUCGAUGCUGAGGUUGCGUGGGCAAAUAGCCUGCUGAAAGAGACGGAGCGUCGGAAGUCGGAGCUGUCCAGCCUGAUGGAGACCAGCACAGGUCUGCAGACUCUGGUGGAUGGCAGCGGGCCGCAGCUGGAGGAGAAACUGUUUGGGCUCAAUGAAGGUUGGGACCGAGUCCACACCUGGGCCGAAGACUGGCUCAGCACUGUCCUGAGUCACCAGAACGAGGUGGAGAUUUUUGAUGAGAACUUGGCUCACAUCAGCACCUGGCUCUACCAGACGCAGAUCCACCUGGACGAGACAGAGCGGCUGGCUCCCCCGGAAAGAGAAAACGUCUUAAAGAGCAUGCAGGAGGAGCUGGAGGAUAUCGGUCUGCGAGUGGAUAACGUGAGGGACCAAGCCAUCAUCCUGAUGACCAGCAGGGGGCCUGCCUGUCGAGAUGUGGUGGAGCCCAAACUGGCGGAGCUUAACUGCAACUUUGACAAAGUUUCCCAACACAUAAAAACCGCCAAGAUGAUAACCAGUCUGGAGUCCGGAGGUGUUGAGAUGAAUCCGCAGAUACCUCAGCUGGUAACUCACAGUCAGGAGAGUGGAACAGAAAGUCACACCCGCUCUGGAAAGAGUGUUGUCCAAGUUGACAUAAAGGACCUUCACGCAGAGCUUCAGGACACCUUGAAGAGUUUACAACUGCAGCAGGAAGCAGUAAAUGUCCAGGAUGAUGACAAGAUGGAUGAGGAGAAAGCCAGUGUGGAAGACUUGUUGAGACGAGGAGAAGAACUGCAGCAGCAAGCUUCAGAUGAGGGACAGAGGGAGGAGUUGAGAGGCAUGCUGCUCCGACUGCAGAGCCAAUAUUCUGCUCACAGGAAGCUGAGUAUGCAACAUGUCAGGCAGGUCGAAAUGUCCAUGGACUCAUCUCAAAACUUCCAAGAACCGACAUCAGAAUUUUCAACUCAGGAGGCGUCUGCAGCAGGGCACAUAAGCACUUUGUCACUGACUCCCUCCGACUACCUGCUGGAUAUGAACAAAGUUCUCCUCGCAAUGGCCGACAAUGAAUUACUCUUGAACUCCUCUGAGCUCAGCGGGGGGCUUUAUGAAGACUUCUCCAGCCAAGAGGACACUCUGAGGAAUAUUAGGGAGAAUCUGGAGCGUCUGAGUGACCAGGUCACAGGGAUUCACGAGCGCCAGCCUGACGCUAUCCAGGAUGCUUCCCCAGCUGAAGUGGCACAGAUGGGAGACGCCCUCACGCAGCUCAAUGCCGAAUGGGACCGACUUAACUGCAUGUACACUCAGCGCAAGGGGAGUUUUGACCGCGCCGUAGAGGAGUGGGGACAGUUUCAGUGUGACUUGAAGGACCUAACUCAGUGGCUGACGGACACUGAGACUCUGCUUUCUGAGGGCAUCGGCCCAGACGGACAGCUGGACCUUGAAUCUGCACGGCAACACCAGCAGGAGCUUGAAGAAGCUCUUGCCAAUCAUCAACCCGUUGUGGCUGAACUGACCCAUACCGGACAGCAAAUAAUUGGGAAACUUUCCUCUCCUGAUGGGCCCCUACUUGAAGAAAAGUUAGAAACUCUUGGUCAGCGUUGGAGAGCUGUCAACCACCAGGUUUUGGACAGACAGCGCAGGUUGGCUGGAGGGGAUCCAGCCCUGUCGGACCUGGUGAGGAGACGAGAGGAGCUCGGUGUGUGGCUGGAGCAGGCAGAAAAGGCUGUUGGCUCCCUAUCCGUCUCUGACCUGGACCAGAACCUCAAAGAACUUAAGGCACUUGCUUUGGAAAUGGAUGCACAAAACGAACGGCUUGGUUGGUUGAACAAACACGCUCCCCAGGUGUUGGCCAGUCCGAGUAUGAGCGCUCAGGGCAGGGACCAGCAUUUUGGGAAACUGAGAGCCAUCAACCUCAAGUGGAGCAAGGUGACCCAUGAGUUACUGGAUAAAGUGGGCGAGGUGGAGACCAAUCUGCAGAGCCAUACCAACUUCCAGGAUAGGAUGAAGAGACUAACUGACUGGGUUGUUGUCACACACCAGACAAUAGUGACUCGAGGCCUGAACCCUACUCAAGCACUGGCUUUGGAAGCCUCCAUGAAGGACAGGAAGAAGGACCUGGAGGAGCUGCUGGCUCAUUCUAUUGAGCUGCAGAGACAACAGCAGCUUUUGCCUGAAGAAAAGGGUAAAGUGGAGCAGCUGGCUGCCGAUUGGAAAGCCCUGGACAGCCGACUGAGGGAAUCUCUUCAGCCAACUGUCUCUCCGUGGACUCACCACCAACAUACUGUUCAGCACCAACAGCUUGUCUCCGCAGUUCCUUCAGCUGUUCAGAUGACCAGCUUGGUGAGCGACCACCACCACCAAACCCUGCACUCACCUGACACGGUGCCACCUACUAAUCUCAACCAAACAGCCACCGAACUGGCAGACUGGCUUGUCCUCAUCACCCAGAUGCUCAAAUCUAAUAUCGUCACCGUGGGAGACACGAAGGAGAUCAGGACGACUAUCGGGCGUCUGCAGGUGACGAAAGGUGACCUGGAGCAGCGCCACCCUCAGCUAGAGGAUAUUUUCACUUUGGCACAGAACAUCAAGAACAAGACAUCUAAUGUUGACGUUCGCACAUCCAUUACUGAGAAGCUGGAGAAAGUCCGUAGCCAGUGGGACAGCACUCAGCACGGCGUUGAGGCCCGUCUGCAGCAGCUGGAUAACAUGGUUGUCCACAGCAACCAAUGGGAGGAGCAGAGGAAGGAGGUGAAGGGGCUUAUCGGACAUACCGAAGGACAUUUCCAAAACCUCCUUCAGCGGUCCCGAGAUCCCUUAACAAAGCAGCUUGAAGACAGUAAGGAGUUCCUCCAAGCUCUGGGCCGAGGCCAAGGCACAGUUGCAGCCUUCAAUGAGCUGUCCAAUCACCUUUUACGUGAAUAUGCAACCGAUGACACCAGGCGGAUCAAAGAGGUUGCAGAGAAACAGAAUGCUGCCUGGAACAACUUCACCAAUAGGGCGAGUGACCAUCAUACCCAGCUGGACAGCGAACUGAAGGGAGUUCAGGUGUCUCUCAGGGAGCUGGAGUCCUUCCUCAGAUGGCUCCAGGAGGCUGAGACGACGGUUAACGUUCUGGCCGACGCCUCCCAGAGGGAAGACCUGUCUCAGGACUCCACCCACACCAAGGAGCUGAGACGACAACUGGAGGACAUCCAGGCUGAGAUCGAUGCCCACAAUGACAUCUAUAAGAGUGUGGACGUGAACAAGUCAAAGAUGGUCAAAGCGCUGGGCAGCUCAGACGAAGCUGUGUUCCUCCAACACAGACUGGAUGACAUGAAUCAACGCUGGAAUGACCUGAAGGUCAAGUCUGCCAACAUUCGAGCCCACCUGGAGGCGAGUGCUGAGCGCUGGUCACGUCUUCUGGGCCUCCUUGAGGAGCUGUGGAGAUGGAUCUGUAUGAAGGAUGAGGACCUGGCCAAGCAGAUGCCCAUUGGAGGAGAUGUGCCCACUUUGCUGCAACAGCAGAACCACUGCACGGCUCUAUGUUCUGAGCUGAAAGAACGUGAACACUUGGUGAUGAGCACUUUGGACCAAGCCAGGAUGUUUCUCGCUGACCAACCCAUCGAAGGACCUGGAGAACCACGCAAGAACCUGCAGCCAAAGACAGAUCCCUCCCCAGAGGAAAAGGCUCGCGUCUUGGCCCGGGCAAUCCGCAAGCAGACUGGUGACGUGAAGGAGCGGUGGGAGCGCCUGAAGGGUCAUGUCGGUGGGUGGCAGAGUCAGGUGGAACGAGCCUUGGAGCGACUCCAGGACCUUCAGAGCUCCAUGGACCAGCUUGACCUGCGACUGACCUGUGCAGAAGAGACGAAAGCUUCCUGGCAGCCUGUGGGCGAUCUUCUGAUCGACUCUCUGCAGGACCACAUUGAAAAGACAGUAGCCUUCAGAGACGAGAUCGCCCCUCUACGUCAGGAUGUUCGGCUUGUCAACGAGCUUUCUGCAGAGCUCACGCCGUUGGACAUCCAGCUGUCAUCCACCGCCUCCAGACAACUCGACGAGCUCAACAUGAGAUGGAAAAUCCUCCAGGUGGCAGUGGAGGACAGACUCAAACUACUUCAGGAAGCGCACAGAGACUUUGGCCCCUCCUCCCAACAUUUUCUCUCCACGUCUGUGCAGCUUCCGUGGCAACGUGCAGUGUCUCAGAAUAAGGUUCCCUAUUACAUCAAUCACCAGACGCAGACAACCUGCUGGGAUCAUCCAAAGAUGACGGAGCUCUACCAAUCACUAGCGGACUUGAACAAUGUGAGAUUCUCAGCGUACCGAACAGCCAUGAAGAUUCGCCGGCUACAGAAAGCGCUGUGCUUGGACCUGCUGGAUCUCAGUGUUGCCCAGAGCACCUUCGAGCAGCACAAACUCGCCAACAACAGUCAGCUGCUGUCCGUCCCCGAUGUCAUCAACUGCCUGACGUCCGUCUACGACGGCCUGGAGCAGGAACACAAAGACCUAGUUAAUGUGCCUCUCUGCGUUGACAUGUGUCUCAACUGGCUGCUCAACGUUUACGACACUGGUCGCAGCGGGAAGAUCCGCAUCCUCUCCAUGAAGAUUGGCUUGCUGUCUCUCUCCAAGGGACACUUGGAGGAGAAAUACAAAUAUCUCUUCAGUCAGGUAGCAUCAGCAGGUGACACAUGUGACCAGAGACAGCUCGGUCUGCUGCUUCAUGAAGCUAUCCAGAUCCCCAGGCAGCUGGGUGAGGUGGCCGCGUUUGGAGGUUCCAACAUUGAACCAAGUGUCCGCAGCUGCUUCCAGCAUGUAAACAAUAAGGUGGAGCUGGAGCCUCGGCAGUUUGUUGACUGGAUGCGUCUGGAGCCCCAGUCUAUGGUUUGGCUUCCCGUCCUGCACAGAGUGGCUGCUGCAGAGACGGCAAAACAUCAGGCCAAGUGCAACAUCUGCAAGGAGUGUCCUAUUGUGGGCUUCAGGUAUCGCAGUCUGAAGCAUUUCAACUAUGACGUGUGUCAGAGCUGCUUCUUCUCUGGCCGCACCGCCAAGGGCCACAAGCUCAACUACCCCAUGGUUGAGUACUGCACACCGACGACAUCAGGCGAGGAUAUGCGAGAUUUCACCAAAGUACUGAAGAACAAAUUCCGAUCUAAGAAGUAUUUUGCCAAGCAUCCGAGGCUGGGCUACCUACCUGUCCAGACGGUUUUAGAGGGAGACAACAUGGAAACUCCCGUCACCCUCAUCAGCAUGUGUCCGGAGCAGUAUGAGCUGUCCCAGUCACCUCAGCUCUCUCAUGAUGACACCCACUCCAGGAUAGAGCAAUAUGCCAGCAGGUUGGCACAGAUGGAACGCUCCAAUGGCUCCCUGCCUACAGACAGCAGCUCGGCCACGGGAAGCAUGGAUGAUGAGCAUGCACUGAUCAUUCAGUACUGCCAGACUCUCGGAGGGGAAGGCUCUCCGUGCAGCCAACCUCAGAGUCCUGCGCAGAUCCUUCAGGCUGUGGAGAGGGAGGAGCGUGGCGAGUUGGAGCGGGUCAUUGCCCGUCUGGAGGAGGAGCAGAGGACGCUGCAGAGAGAGUAUGAGCAGCUCAAAGAGCAGCACGGCCAACGAGGGGCUCCCACUGGAAGCCCUUGGGAGUCGGAUGGCUCCUCUGCCCACCCUGAUGAGGCCGAUCUUCUCGCUGAAGCCAAGCUGCUACGACAACACAAAGGUCGGCUGGAGGCCCGCAUGCACAUCCUAGAGGAACACAACAAGCAGCUGGAGUCGCAGCUCCACCGCCUUCGACAGCUCCUGCACCAGCCGGACGUGGAACCAAGGGUGAACGGAGCAGGCUCUCCAACUGCACAAGAUAGAGGACCACUUACUGACAAUUCAGAUGAGCUGCUAGACCCCCACAACACAAGCUCUGACCUGGCAGAUGUGAUGGAGCAGAUUAACAACUCCUUCCCUGCGUGCAGUCCCUCGAGCCUCCCCUCAAGAACACAGGUGAUGUGAGGACAGGUACCAGAGGACGGACUGUUUUUUUUAUGUUCUCUUAAUUUUGGCACGCAUUAGUGCAAGACCAUUCCCAGACAAUUCCCUUUCCCAAAAUCCCAAAGACGCACAGGAGCAACUGAAAUAGUUUUACCACCUUGUCUUGUACUAUGCAAAUUAUACAUUUUAUCACCUGUAAAUUGUACCCGACCUUGAUUGAAGUUUGAUCACAUGUUGUUUUUUUUUUUCUUUUGACAUGCAGAUGUAUAGGAAAUGAUCCUGUGUUUCUAAAGAUUGAUGUGGGAUUUGUGAGUUAAGCUUCAGUGGGAAUCAAACUGUUACACUUUUUUCUCCUACCGUCUAGAUCCUCCGUAUUUGUCGAUGAAAAUGGCCACAAACUUUAAGUGUUUAGGAGUGCACACGGUUUUUACACUUUGUGGCUAAUUUACAAAAUCUGUCCAGUAGGAUGCUUUGAUAUCAGGUUUCCCUUUUAAAGCAUCGAUACACCGACAGAUUUUGUCUCGACCGCGGUUUGUUGAUGUAAACUUUACCCCUUCUGUGCCUAUACAGUCAUUCCACGUGUGGAAGACGGAUGAGAGCUGAUAUAUUACAGCGGGAUUGUGUAUAAUAAGAGAUGUUUUGAAAAAUAGAGAUUUAAAUCUAAACUUGUCCCGCAUCUAGGUUUGUAAGAGGCCCCUCGUCAUCAUGUAGAAUAGCUGUCGUCGUUUGUUUUUUGUUUUUUAAAGAGAUGUAUGUUGAGAAAUCAGAGGAAAGCCAUGAUUGCCUUGCUACCUCAGACUCAUAGACACAGUUUUGUUUUUGUUUUUUUCUUUUGUGGUUCUUAAACUUGUUGAAAACAGUUGUGAUCAUUUAGAAACAUGAGCAGUCUGGUAUGGCAUUCUGAGCUUUAGCGUACUGUAUCGUUGUACACUGCAAGAGGAGUUACCAAGUACAAAAAUAAAAUAACUAAAAAGGUCAUUUACUGUACCGCAGUGGGUGUGUGGACUGCUGAAGCUAGCCUCUGUUGUUGAGUACCAUUUUUAUCUGUCGUUGGUUGUUUGUUUUUUGCCACUGGCCUUCUAGCACUGGUCCCUCACUGCGUUGUGUUGUGCUCUACGCUAUCCUGUAAAACUUGUGAGACUCAACAACACUACUAUAACCUCCUCUGACUGUAGACCAACGAUGAUCAUGGAGAUGAUUUUAACAAUUUCAGUCAUGAUGAACCUUACUAUCGCAGAACUGUGUCGCUUCCCCUGAGGUAUGUAAAAUAGAUUGAACACACUACAUGUAAUAUGGCUAUGUUUUAUUCUAAAUAAAAUUUUUGUAACAAGUA